GAGCUGGCAGCUGGCAGCGCCCCAGCAGGGCCGUUGGCGGGGCCGAGGGAGCGGGUCGGGGCCGGCGAGGAAGCGGCGUCAGCAAAACAGCCGCGUGCCCCGCAGGGAGGAGGAAGGGGCUCGGCCGCCAGCAGCCGCGUGCCCCAGCGUGGCAGCUCCUCCCCGCGCUCGCCCAGCCGCCACAAAAGGGCUGCCCUGGGCCAGCGCUGGCAUCCGCCGCUGCCGCCUCGCUCCGCUCGGGACAAGGGCGGGCUCGGCCGUCUCACGCCAAGAUGUCCUGCUCCGAGCUGUGCCCACCAAAGGCCAGCGUGGCCGUGCCCCAGCCCAUCGCUGAGAGCUGCAACGAGCUGUGCGCCCGGCAGUGCCCCGACUCCACGGCCUUCAUCCAGCCGCCCCCCGUCGUCGUCACCUUCCCCGGCCCCAUCCUCAGCUCCUUCCCGCAGCAAGCCGUGGUGGGCUCCUCUGGAGCACCCGCCUUUGGGGGCUCCCUGGGGCUGGGGGGCCUCUACGGCGCCGGGGCCACGCUGGGCUCGGGGGGCCUCUGCACCUUUGGCAGAGCCUACGCUGCUCCCGCCUGCAGCCCUUGCACCGUGCCCCGCUACAGCAAGAAGCUCUGGGACACCUGCGGGCCCUGCUAGACCCAGCCCAAGGACCCUCACACACCUCGGCCUCUCGCCUGCUCUCCCUCCUCCUCUCCUGCCCCUCUCCCCAUGGCCACUCCUCUCCUCCUGCCCCGCUCUGCCCCUCCACCAGCAUCCCACCGGGCACUGGCCUGGCUCUGCAACGGCUGCCACGGGGCAGAAGCCUGAGGGAACCCCUCUCCUGAGAGC